CUAGGGCCCCUCAUUCCUUAUUUGAUACAUUUUUAAAUCCUCACGCUUCUCUAGGGCAAAGGUUUUUUUUUUAAUACCUUCAGCAGCUACCUGUAAUUUAAAACCACUUUGCUUUCCCUUCGUUUGGAACCUAGUUCUUCAUUUUUAGAAACCGGUUUCCGAAGAGACAUCCGUCACGGAUGCAAGUCUCGCGAGAAAGUGACUCUCUAUCGCGUUUCUCUGUGGGAAAUGGCGGCUCCCGAGCAGCCUCUACCGCCGAUGGCAAGAGGAUGUCAGAGCUCUGCUUCACUCUCUCCGUCACGGGGCGACCGAACCCUUCUUGUGAGGCACCUGCCAGCCGAGCUGACUGCUGAGGAGAAAGAGGAUUUGCUGAAAUAUUUCGGGGCGCAGUCGGUGCGCGUCCUGUCAGAUAAGGGACGACUGAAACAUACAGCUUUUGCUACUUUUCCUAGUGAAAAAGCAGCUAUAAAGGCAUUGACAAGACUUCAUCAGCUGAAACUUUUGGGUCAUACUUUAGUUGUUGAAUUUGCAAAAGAACAAGAUCGAGUUCAUUCCCCAUGUCCCUCUUCAGACACUGAAAAAAAAAAAAGAUCUGAUGAUCCUGUGGAAGAUGAUAAAGAAAAGAAAGAACUUGGUUGUUUAACCAUAGAAAAUGGGAUUGCACCAAACCAUGGGCUGACUUUUCCUCUGAAUUCAUGUCUCAAGUAUAUGUACCCACCACCUUCAAGCACAAUCCUAGCAAACAUAGUAAAUGCUUUGGCAAGUGUGCCUAAGUUCUAUGUACAGGUUCUUCAUCUUAUGAAUAAAAUGAAUUUGCCCACACCUUUUGGACCAAUUACUGCGCGACCUCCCAUGUAUGAAGACUAUAUGCCAUUACAUGCACCUCUUCCACCUGCAUCUCCUCAGCCACCAGAGGAACCUCCUUUGCCAGAUGAGGAGGAGGAAUUAUCAAGUAAAGAAUCAGAAUAUGAAAGCAGUGAUGAUGAAGACCGACAGAGAAUGACCAAACUAAUGGAACUAGCAAAUCUUCAGCCCAAAAGACCAAAAACAAUAAAGCAGCACCAUGUUAGAAAAAAGCAAAAAAUAAAGGAUAUGUUGAAAACACCAUCUACUGCACACAGCAGUUUACAUCCAGUGCUGUUACCUUCGGAUGUAUUUGACCAACCACAACCUGUAGGUAAUAAGAAAAUUGAAUUUCAUAUAUCUACUGACAUGCCAUCUGCAUUUAAGAAAGAUCUAGAAAAAGAACAAAAUUGUGAAGAACAAAAUUAUGAUUUACCUGCUACUGAAGGUGAUGCACCCAAUGUAGGAUUUGGAAAAAUCUUCCCCAAACCUAAUUUGAACAUCACAGAGGAGAUUAAAGAAGACUGUGAUGAAAUGCCAUCAGAGUGUAUUUCUAGAAGGGAGUUGGAAAAAGGCAGAAUUUCUAGAGAAGAAAUGGAAACACUUUCAGUUUUCAGAAGUUAUGAACCUGGUGAACCAAACUGUAGAAUUUACGUAAAGAAUUUAGCUAAACAUGUUCAAGAAAAGGACCUUAAGUUUAUUUUUGGGAGAUACGUUGACUUUUCUUCAGAAACACAACGGAUAAUGUUUGAUAUACGUUUGAUGAAAGAAGGUCGCAUGAAAGGACAAGCUUUCAUUGGACUUCCAAAUGAAAAAGCUGCAGCAAAAGCCUUAAAGGAAGCUAAUGGAUAUGUUCUUUUUGGAAAACCUAUGGUGGUUCAAUUUGCUCGAUCUGCUAGACCAAAACAAGAUUCUAAAGAAGGAAAAAGAAAGUGUUAAAAAUUAAUAAAGAAGCAUUCCUGCGUAAAUACUGCUGUAAUACUGUCAUACAAAGUGUAUCCUUUCUUGUUGUAUCCUUUUUGGGGCAGUGUUUUUUGUUCUUCCUAGAAAUGUUUUGUCACUUUACCACUCAUGGAUUCAGAAUAAGCAAUAGUUUUUUAUAAUUUUAUUCAAAUGAGUUAUUUUUUAAAUUAUCAACAUUGAUUGGACAAAUCAUUUAUGUGGGUUUUUUUUUGUUUUUUGGGGAGUUUUUUUGUUUGUUUUUUUGUUGUUUUGGUUUUUUUGUUGUUUCUGUUUUUUUGGUUUUUUUGCUUUGUUGAUGAAUUUUCUAUGCCCUUCUUGAGGUUAUGUAAUUUUUCCAGGGAAAGUUAGUGAAUCAGGUCAACGUAUUUACUUGGAGAAUGUAUGCAUUUGCUUUAACACAGAAAUUAGUCUUGUUUCUUAUAUUUAUGUACUUCCUAAACCUAAUUCAGUAACAUGCCUUCUGUUUUAUGAUGUAUCUGGUUUAGGUGUUCUAUAUAAUGUGUUGUAAAUUUUGUUUGGGGAAAGGAUUUUUUUCAUUUAAAAAAGUACACAUAAUGAAAAUUAAAAUAACUGGAUUUCCUUGUCAGUUCCAAAUAAGAGGAGCAGACCUCACAUCUCAGGUUUUAAUAUUGAUAUGUCUUUUGAGAUAGAUAGCAAGCAGAAGUAUCUUUUUUCCUCUUUCUUUUUCUAAACAAAACAAAAGGAAUAAGAAAAGAGGAACAGAGAGAAGACAUAAUGUUGACUCAGGGUAGCACAUUAAGUGAAAAGAAACAAUACUGGUAGGUAUACAUAAUAACAAUGGUUUCCAGACUAGUUGAUGACUGGUAUUACCCAAAAUAGUGGUUUUUAAUCCUGGCCACGUUUUAGAAUCACCUGAGAAACUUUUCAAAAAUUCUGAUAAAGUAAAAAGAAAAAAAAACCUGAAAAAUAACACUAUUGCUUAGGUUUCUCUCCAUUUUGAUUUAAUUGGUCUGGCGUACAACAUAGAUACUGGAAUUUUUCAACCCUCCUAAUGUGUGACCAAGAUUGAGAACCACUGAGGAAGGAUUUUUACAUAUAAAGAUUCCUGGGCUUUCUCCUAAAACUAAUAAAUCAGAAUUUCUGUGAAUGAGACCAAGAAUCUAAUUCGAAAAGGUUCCUUCAGUAGUUACAAGGGCUGACCAGUUUAGAUACUACUUAGAUUAAAAUAGUUAGAUGCCUAGCCAUCCCACCUUCUACAAGUUGGAAAAUCAAGAAUUAGAGCCUCUACAUUUCUUGCAAAUUCUACUACUAGUACUAUGAAAAUAAUUCAAAAUUCUGUUAAUAAAUUAUCACUCUAAGAGUACGAAAAUUUGCAGACGUUGAAAUUGCUAUUUUUCAAUAGAGACAGUUAAAAUGUUUUAUUUUCUAAUGUUAUAAAUCCAUUUCCAUAUAAGCUGUUUAUGUUGACAAUGAAAAAUUUGUAGUACUGACAUGAUUCACUAAUUUUCUAAAUAUAAAUGUUUUAGCUUUUAGUUAUUUUAAAACAAUUGAAAUGUUUUAUAAUCAUUAUUUUUAAUGAAUUCUUACGGUGUUUUAGGUUCCUUUUGCUUCCAUGUCUUCCAACUGCUUUCCAACUUUGAGGAGAAGAAAUUGACACCUGGACUAUGGAACUGUGCGUAACAGCUUUUAAAGUAUAUUUAAAAAUUAAAUCUAUAUGCAUUUAAAUCUGUUUAUUGGGGAUAUAUUACAUGUAUUUUAAUCAUCUUCCUCAUAUAUAAUAAAUUAUUUUCUUUCCAAUAAA